GGGGAGAGAGGUUCACUCCAGAGGAGAAACAGCUGAGAGGGCCGGGUGAGGUUCCGCCAAGAGACCCCAGCCCCCCCGCCAUUUAUUUACCAACAACGGGCGUCUAUUUCCUCAACGCUGAAACCGUCCUUCCACGUCAGCUUCCCUCUACCUCGACUAAUAAAUGCCAAGAGACAUCACAGCAACGCCAGCAGACAAGGACCCCAGCUCAGAACUGGACGCAAAGACGAUCCGUAGGAAAAAUACGUAAAGAAAACAGCAACAAAAGCGCACGGAUCGUCGCCGUGGCCUUUCUCAAUGCAUACCCUUUGUGCGCGAGGAACGAUGAAACCAGAGAUCACCGCCGCCGUCGGAUUUUUGUCGAGAUUUCUGAGGGUGAAAGGACACGUAAACGACCGACAGGUCCAAACGUUCAGCCAAAGCUUACAGGACAUUUUGGCAGAGCAAUAUAAGCACCACUGGUUCCCAGACAGGCCCUGCAAGGGUUCUGGCUACCGCUGCAUCCGCAUCAACCACAAGAUGGACCCUCUGGUGGGGCAGGCGGGCCAGCGCAUUGGCCUGACCAUCCAGCAACUCUACCUGCUGCUGCCCAGCGAGCUCACGCUCUGGGUGGACCCCUUCGAAGUGUCCUACCGCAUUGGCGAGGACGGCUCCAUCUGUGUCCUAUACGAGUCGCAGCCUGGUCCCAUCGGAAUGCCAGUGUCGGCCACUGUCGGAUGCCCCUCAGGAAACGGGUCGGUGAGCUCCAUGGUGGACACUCGCAUCAGCUGCAGGGAUGAGGUGAGGGUGCUGGGCCGUACCAGUCCCUCCAAGACCUACAAUAAUAUGAUGACAGUGUCCAGUUAGAGAGGGACGCCGUCACCCCAGCCAACGUUUGUCCAGGGUCGCGUUGCCGCUGGUCAGAUCAUGGUGAGCCUUUUUAAAGCUAAGAAAAUGAAAUUGUGAAAGAAGAAAAAAAGCAAAAGAGAAAAACAAAAACAAAGGAUGUGGCCUAUCAUCCAGGUGAUGGAAACUUUGUAGAUUUUUUUUAACCCUCUACCCAUAAUCAUCUGUUGUGUUGUCAUUGGAUCAACCAGACACUCCGUUUUUAUUUAGUUUAAAAAAAAAGGACUUUGUUGGAAAGGAAACUGUUGGGGCAGCUAAACCAACCAACCAACCAGGAACACCCACCCUUGCCACAAUGGAGACUGGCUGCCAGCCCUUCCCCACUCGACCUACAACCAACAUUGUGAUAAGCUCUAUCACUGAAGGGGCUACAAGCAUCACCUUUGCACUUUUUCUUUCUUAUGGUUACUAUGGGUACACGUUCAACACAUCACUUAAUUGUAAGGAUUUGUUUUCCAGGAAUUUUCCAUCCAUUCAGACAGUUCUGUGGCUUUGUCGGUUUGUUUUCCGGAUGGGGAGGAAGGUAAGGUUCAGGCGUCGCCUGUAGCAACCCAAGCUCAAGCUAAAGAAGUAUCCAAUGUUCUGAUUUUAUAGAAAGCCCCCUCUUUGGACCACAUGGGUACAUUUCUUUAUCUUGCAGCUUCUGGAAAAGGGGCGUUCAACCUUAGCUUCUCUUCCUCCCCCUUCCAAUCGAAAAAAAACGGUGAGCAAAUGGAAUGUGUUGGGACACCUGUUACCUAUGGAUACCAGUGUGUCCAAUUGCACUCGGUCCCCAUUACCCAUGUGUGUGUAGCUUUCAGGGGGUAGGGGCUGCCCCACCACCCCCAAAUUUGACGAAUGUUGUUGAAGUUCACAAUCAAGUUCCUGUGUUGUUAAAGUUGCCCCCAUUUUCCGUUGCCACUUUGUCGUCCCUUGCAUUACCAAAACUCAAGAGUAGCAAAAUGGGGGGGCGUUUACCCAAAUUUUACUCGCGGGGGCCCAGUUGGAGUUGUUAUUGAAUGCACUUUGACGUGAGAUUGUGUGGGAUGUGUACUUUUUAGUGAAAAUCGCCUGCAUUCCACCCCUCUGAUGUCACACAGUUGUUUUUCCAGUUCUCCACGCUGUAGCCCUGACUUGGGGGGGUGGGGGGGUGUUCCAGCGGUGGAUUUCCAAAUCUUUUGACACUGUACUUGUGAACACUUCAGUGCUGGUAACGUUAGGCUAAGAGUGAUGCAGGUGGUAUGUUUAGAAAUCCUCUGUUCAUAUGGCACCACUGACUUUGGCACAAUCAGAGCAGAGCCGCAACCCUCCAGACAUGCCAGUAACAACUUUUUAAAAUAAAAUAUUUUCCGAUUUAAGAACAUUUUCAGAGUUUUUAACAAAAUCAAAAAGGAGGUUGUUUAUUCUAACUGGCUUUAACUCACCAGGCCAGGGCUGUUAUGUAUGAUGGGGAUGCUUCUUGUGACCUGGAGGUGCACUGCCUUAAGGAGCCCCUGGCCAGGAGUGCCCCCUCACCAGCCUGGCAGCUCCAACACUGCUCCUUCAGGGGCGUGUGCCUAAAGUGCCACAUAUCACCCCCUUAGCUCAGACCUCCUGUCCAGCCAAAAGCAAGCCAGCAUGCUGCAAGCUGCCCCCCCCCCCCCCCCCCCUCCUGGGGAUUCAGGUAGACUUAAUGUGACACAUAUCAUCAUUCACCACCAUGGGGAGAUGGGUAAGGACGGCUGCGGUGGGGAGCUGGUGUGGGAGAAUGGGGAGGGCCAGGGCCGGACUCCUUUGUCCAGGGCAGCUAAAAUCCCUCCAGCCAUCCCCUUUCUUGACUCGUAUGACGCCCCCAUCUCAGCCAGAAGCCCUUCAAGCUCUCACAGCGGUGGUGGAUAACCAGCACACAAGCUUGGCAUGCUCAUGCUGCACUUGGGGUGGGGGGGGGUGGGGGUCUAAUGAGAUACGAGGAACGUCUUAGAUGAAGGAUUGAGGGUACUGGGCCGUUUUGUUUUCAUCUCACUGGAUUGUGCUGCACUUGAUUACUGAGUUUGAGUAGCAACUUUGUUUACAUGCAUUAAAAAACACAUACAAUGCGGCGACUGUCUGACGCGCCCCCCCCCAACUCCCCACCCCGUUUUGUCUUUGUGGGGUUGAGUGAUUAACGGCGCGAUGAACAGAUGCUGGAUCGGCUGCGGGUGUCGCUCAGGCCUUAGCCGCCGGCCAAAUCUGUCACGGCAGGCUGGCUUGUUGCUCAUCACAAGACCUAUUGGUGUCUAAGCUUCGCUAAGCCUGAGAGGAUCAUGGGUAAUAUAGCUAUAGACUGAUACACUGCAACCCCCCCCCCCCCCCCCCCCAACACACACACAAACCUCCCACCCCUUUGCCGCCCUGUUCUCUGCUGAUACUCCCUUCAGCAAAUUAAAGAGCAGUGAUUCCUUGUUGGCCAGAUGAAUUUGAGGUUGCUGGGGAAAUCUGAGGUUUUUGUUGAUUUUUUAAAAAAAGAAAAAAAAAACAGGCACCAGUUUUUCAAAGAUCGCACUGCUUCAUUAUAGCUUUGUAACAUCGCCCGACACGUUUUGAGGUUGAUCUAUAUUGCAUCUCUCCAUUCUCUUGAUGUUUAUUUCUCCUCUGCAUUCACACCAUGAGAGAUUUUUCUUCUAUUCUGAUCGCACUCCCUUUUAACCGAUCUCAGUUGAUAAAUUUGACAAAUUCGAAGCAACCCAAGUCCAUUUAAAAACCUAUCACCCCCCUCAAAAGAAAUGGGUUUUAAUAUUUGAAUAGAAUCCAUUCAACUUGUGCACAUGUAGAUUACCUAAUUGUCGUGAUUGCUUUUAAUAUUCAAAGGUAAAAUAGCACAUAAAUGCACUAAAUGUCAAGUUUUGAAGUUGUGACUUUUUUAAAUUUCUUGAGGAGUCUCUCCUGGAAUGUAACGCCAAACUCAGGCCUCAGACAUUCAAUAAAUAAAUCCUCUUAUGGAGAAGCAUGUUAAGACAUGCAUCUGGAAGGGAACAGAGAAUUUGUCCUUAUCAAUAGUGUCAUCUUUGAUCGGUUGAAUUAUUGACACUUUCACAUCGGACGUGUUUUCCAUAUUCUAGAAUGUAAUGUAACUGUACAACAAAUGGUAGAGUGCAUAGCAUUAAACAUGGAAAGUGCCAAUAAUUGCUAUGAUGGGGUCUUUUAUAGAUGUGCUCCGUAUUUGUUUCACGUAAUUCAUCUUUUAACAUGGACAAUUCUUAAGUGAAGCCAUCUGCGAUGGGAGUGUUGGCAAGGACCAAUGGUUUUUCUUGUUUUUAAACGGUAGUUUCCAUGACCAGUAAGUCAUCACUUAUCCUUUGUUUUGUUUUGUUUUUUGCUUUUUUCUCCCCUGUUUUUAUUUCUCUUUUUAUCCCAUUUAUUAUUUUUUUCCCUAUUUACAUAUAAAACUAGAAAAUGAUUUUAAAAAAAUCUGAGCUUACCCAGGAAGAAAAGCUGUAUCUUGUGAUUUCAUUGUCAGUACAUCUUUAUCGUGUUCAGUUUCUUUUUCCUUGGGUAUGUUGUGAUGAACAGCUGUAAAUUUGUACAGUUCAAGUAAAUAGUGCGGAAGUUGUACAGAUUUCUAUUUUUUGGAAGAAAAGUUGUUUUUUGUUUUUUCUUUUUUGUUUUUUUCUCUGUAAUAAAGAUUUCCUAUCUUGGCAUCAUA